CCGGAGCCCUUGAUGUACGGUUUGUUAGGAUACGACAACAUCUGGCCAAGAUACAACUAUUUGAAAAUCUGGAAACGGGAGAAAAAUAAUUGUCACAGUUCAAGUUUUCACUCCUGAGAUCCUGUGUUUAAUCCAGGAAUCUAAGUCUACUACCUAUUGGCUUGAUCCUUUACCAAACGUCUGUUGAUCAUCUUUAUUUCCAUUAUUUAUUACAAUCAUUAACUUACUCGUUUGGGGUUCUGUACGUUCCUCUAAAAUCUGCUGCCUUAAAGGGUUUCGAUUUGGAAUUAGCCUGGUUUAUGUUCAUCUCAGUCUCUGGUUGCACUUAGUCCGUUCAAAUUAAACCUAGAAGAUGAAGAUCUUCCACUGCAGGUGUUCCUCAGGGUUCUGUCUUGGGCCCGUUUUUACUUUCAUUCCCACUUAUAUCUAUAUGAAAUAUGGUAUUCAGUUCUCUCCGCGUCUUCUAAAGCCUUUGACCAGAUGUUUAGCAGAAAUCAAAGCUAAACUCAACGGCAAAAAAACCACACAAGCUCCACUUUAACAAAACCUGAUUGUAUUUCCGCGGAUAUGAUGCAUGUUUUUAAGUUGUGCAUGCUAAAUGAAGUUUUGAAAUGUUUAUGGUAAAUAUCUUAAUGGAACAUAAUCUUUACUUAAAAGCCAACGACUUUUGGAAUAAAAGAAAAAUGUAUUGCUGGCCAUUGCUACUAAUAAACCUGCGCUGCUGAUGACUGCUUCUGUGCUGCAGGGACACCCACUGGAAACACCGAAACACACACCAUGUGAGAACACAGAAGAAACGAAUUCUCACAGAAAGUGGUAGAAAUGAGCAAGCCACAGGAGCUUCACUCAAACUAACACAUCUGAAAACUGCUGAGUUGAAUCUUGUGGUUGCGAGAUAAGGAAGUUUGAGUCGGACUGAGCUCGAUGACGCAACGCACAUGUUCACUUCAACACUUAUGACACGGACAGAAAGCAGACAAGCCUCUGCUGGUUUCAGCUCAGUCCUAGUGCAAUCUACACCUGAUUAAUGAGUCCUCACUGCUUUAACAGCAGAGCCCACUAAGAGAAAUCAUGUCUACCCUGGCGCCCAUCACCUCGAAUCAAACCAACUCCACCGCGUUCCCGAACGAGGGCCUGCGCGUGCUGCAGAUGGUGCUGACCGUGGCCAUCUUCGUCGUGGGCGUCUCUCUGAACGCUCUGGUGGUCUGGGCGUUGGGGGUUCGUGUCUGGUGCCGUAACAAAGCACUGUCGAGCGAAACGCAGAGCGCGGACAGCUUCCGGAUCUACGUAGUGAACCUGGCGAUCGCCGACUUGGUGCUGUUAUUACGGACUCCGCUGAUGCUGGCCUACUUGGCGAACAACUUCUCUUGGACCCUAGGGGAGCCCGUGUGCAAGCUGGUGAUUUUUUUGCGAUGCCUGGGAUUGUACGCCAGUGCGUUUUUGCUGUGCGCCGUGGCGGUGGAGCGCUGCUUGUGUCUCCUCAGACCGGUCUGGGCUCGAUUGAGACGCCCUCGCUGGAUCGUGCCCGUGGCCUGCGCAGCGAUAUGGGUGUUGGCGGCGCUUUUCGGCGCUCCUUACAUAACAACAGCUAAAGUCAUUCUCUGGAAUAACCAUGACGCUUGCAUCGAAAGCGAUUUGGGAGUAGGACAAGCUUUAAAUGUGUUGGAGACCGUGACAGGAUUCUUGCUGCCUUUGGUGAUCUUCAUGUCGUGCAACAUCGCAGUGAUUUUUUGCGCAAAGAAAGCUGAGAGCACGGUGUCUUCCCCAACCUCGUCUUCCGGGCCGGGAUACACUUCAAACCGCUUAAACCGUCUCUAUCGCGUACUCUUCCUCACCAUGCUCCUCUUCCUCACUUGCUGGGUGCCGUACUUCACCUGCCGCUUUCUGAGGGCGUUUUCUCACAAUCGGCCCGAGUGGAAGGAGGUCAGGGAGCAGGCGAUCGGCGCGGCGUACGUGGCGCUGUUUCUGGUUUACAUAAAAAGCGCUCUCAACCCCGUCUUGUACGUGUUCGCGGCUCGAGGACUCGGGCGCAAGGUCCGGGCCUCGCUCGUCUCCACCAUCGAGCGCGUCUUCAACGAGGAGCUGUCGGAGUCUUUGCGAAGAAAGUCUUUGCGAAGGAGGGACUCUGAGUUUUAGGAUCGGAGGUUCCGGAUCUGCUUGUGUGACAAACGAUGGACGCUGACUACAAGCAGAAAACACUUCUGACUGAGGCCAAGUUUAUAUUUAGUCAUUUAGCAGAUGCUUUCAUCCAAGCGAGACAAACCAACAACCAGAAUUUCGCAGAAGCCAUUCUGUAACUGAUAUGAUUGUUUCAAUCUCAGAUUUAAUUGCGAUGCAUUGCAUUUUAGGAACUUAACAGCAAAUGCAUUCAAUGUCGUUCCAUCCUGUGACUAAAGCUGGUCAUUUCAGGCUUGAUAUAAAGCAUUAAGAAUGUUCUCAUAUAUAUUCAGUAGAAAUGUGCCCUAUACUCUCAGAGAUAAAGGCACUUUUGUACCCUUUAGAUACUAAUAUGUACAUCGCUUGAAUAAAUUGUGGUACAAAUGUGUGCCUGCUGUCCUGUCUGUUAUUUUUAUCUGAGAGUGUACAUAGAACUUUUUCACCAAGAUUAUUAACAAACAUUAAAAACAAAAGCCUUACUGUAACCGAUGUUAUUGUUUUAAUCUUGGAUUUAUUUGUGACGCACUGCAUUUGCAAUUAAGGCUUUCUUCAUGUUACUAAAGGCCGCUCAUUUUAAAGAAUGUACUUUCGUAUUAUGCAAAAGAAACGUGUUGUACUAAUGA